AUGCAUAAUAAUAUUAAUAAUAGUUUACCAAAGGAUAUCGCUGUAAUUGGAAUUGGUUUAAGAUUACCAGGUAAUUCAAACAAUCCAGAGUCAUUAUGGAAUAACUUAUUGGAAAGCUUUGAUGCUAUUACACAAGUACCAAAAGACAGAUGGGCCAGUUCCUAUAAAGAUAUGAAUUUAAUUAACAAUAAAUAUGGCGGUUUUUUACAAGAUUCUCAAUGGAAAAAUUUUGAUCCUUUAUUUUUUGGUAUCAGCCCUGCUGAAGCCCCAUUCAUCGAUCCACAACAAAGAUUGUUAUUAUCUAUUGUUUGGGAGUCACUAGAAGAUGCUCACAUAAAGCCAGAGUCAUUAAGAGGAUCCAAUACUGGUGUAUUUGUUGGUGUUUCUAAUAUCGAUUAUUCCAAAAUGGUAUUUCAAGAUAAUUAUAAAAUUGCUCCAUAUACUAUUACCGGAACAAAUACAUCUCUCAACUCUAAUAGAAUCUCAUAUUGUUAUGACUUCCGUGGCCCAUCAAUGACUGUUGACACUGCUUGUUCAAGUUCAUUAAUUUCUGUAGGUUUGGGUGUUCAAGCAAUUCAAAGCGGUGAAUGCGACUUGGCUGUAUGUGGCGGUGUUAAUGCUCUCUUUGAUCCAACUACUUCAAUUGCAUUCAGUAAAUUGGGUGUACUUAAUGAAAAUGGUCGUUGUAAUACUUUUUCCGACCAAGCCAAUGGUUAUGUUCGUUCCGAAGGCGCUGGUGUUGUGUUACUAAAGUCAUUAUCACAAGCUGAAAAAGAUGGGGAUAGAAUCUAUGGUGUAAUUAAAGGUGUAUCCACAAAUGAAGAUGGUUCCUUAAAUAAAAAUUCCCUUACAACUCCAUCAACUGAAUCCCAAUCAAAUAAUAUUAAUAAUGCUAUGAAGAAAUCAACAUUAUCUCCAAAUGAUAUUUAUUAUAUAGAAGCACAUGGUACUGGUACCAAAGUCGGCGAUCCAAUCGAAGUGCAAUCUAUUUCAAAUGUAUUUUCAAAAGAUAGAAAUCAAGUUGAAGAUAUUGAACCAUUAUUCAUUGGUUCUUUCAAAAGUAAUAUUGGUCAUUUAGAAUCUGCUGCUGGCAUUGCUUCUUUAAUUAAAGUUUGCUUAAUGUUAAAAAAUAGAAUCCUUGUACCAUCAAUUAAUUGCUCGAAACUUAACCCAGCAAUACCAUUCGAUAAUUAUAAAAUAAAAGUUGUCAGAGAAGUCCAAAUGUUUCCAAAUAAUAAAACUAUUAAUAUUGGUAUUAAUAGUUUUGGUUUUGGUGGGUCAAAUUGUCAUUUAAUAAUCCAAGAGUAUAAUAAACCAACUGAUAUCAAAUGCAAUACGUUAAUUAGAGAUAGCGAUAAUAAUAAUAAAAAUUAUUUAAUACCAUUUUCAAUGAAUUCCAAAAUUUCAUUAGAAAAAUAUAUAAAUUUAAUUAAGAACAAUAAUUACCACGAAUAUAUAUUUUUUAAGGAUUUUGUAAAAUAUCAAAUCCUUUCAAAACAAUAUACUCUAAGCAAUAGAAUGACAAUCAUUGCUAAUGAUUGGCAGUCAUUAAUUAAAUCUUCAAAUGAAACAUACAGCCAUCAAGAGUUCAGAAACCAAACUGUUGCUAUUACCGAUGGAUCUAUUACCGAUUUGGUCUCUUCUAAUGAGCCAAUUUUAGUUUAUGUAUUUUGUGGUCAAGGCCCUCAAUGGAAUGGUAUGAUGAAAACGUUAUAUCGAACAGAACCUGUUUUCAAGAAUUCUGUUGAUUAUAUUGAUCAAGUUUUAAGCAAAUAUUUUGGGUAUUCAAUUUUCCAAAAGUUUUCAAGUAUAUCUGAUAAUGAUGAUAGUAUUAAUCAUCCAGUAAUUGCUCAGCCAUCUUUGUUCCUUUUGCAAAUUGGUUUGGUAGAAUUAUUUAAAUACUGGGGUAUUUUUCCUUCCAUUUCAAUUGGUCAUUCUUUUGGUGAAGUUUCAUCAUACUACUUAAGUGGCUUGAUUUCAUUAGAAACUGUUUGUCGAAUUGUCUAUGUCAGAAGUUUUUAUCAAAAUCAAACAAUGGGUACUGGUAAAAUGUUAGUAUGCUCCAUUAGUAAUGAACAAUGGCUUAGCGAAUAUUCAACUCUAUUCAGUGAUUUAGAAAUUGCAUGUAUUAAUUCAUCAGACUCUAUUGUUGUAACUGGUAAUGAAUUAAGAUUAAAAGAGUUUGCAAAUAUCUUAAAUGAAAGCCAAAUAUUCAAUACAUUUUUAAGAUCUCCAUGUUCAUUCCACAGCAGUAAACAAGAAAUAAUAAAAGAUUCAAUCUUUUCUGAACUUGUAAAUGUAGAGUCUAAAGAAUCCACCGAAAUCCCACUGUUCUCAACUGUUACUGGUGAAUUAGUUAACGAACCUCUUUCUGCCACUACAAUUUAUGAAAAUGUUAGAAAACCCGUACUAUUCAAAAAUUCAAUCGAAAGUUUAAUUAAAUUUUAUCACCAACAACAACCAAGCCAACAAAGACAACUUAUUUUCAUCGAAAUUGCCCCACACCCAACUCUUGGAUCAUUAAUAAAGAAAACAAUUCAAGAAAGUGUUGUUCCAUUCAAAACACAACCAUUGAUUAUCGCACCAUUAAACAGAAAAGAAAAUCAAGAUAUUUCAAUUAAGAAAUUAAUUUCACAAUUAUAUUUUAAUGGUAUAAAUAUUGAUUUCAAAUUUCAACUAGAUCAAGAUGAAAAUCAAGAUAGCUCAUUUAAAGAAACUACAAAUUCUUUACCAAGAUACCAAUGGGAUGACAGCGAAGAAUACUGGGCUGAACCAUCACAGUCAAAAAAGAAUAGAUUAGAAGGUCCAUCAAGCACUUUACUUGGUUAUAAAAUUAUCUAUUCAUUCCCAGUUUACCAAACUGUUUUAGAUUUACAAAACUCAAAUUUCUCAUACCUUUUAGAUCACAUUGUUGCUGGUAAACCUGUAUUCCCUGGUGCUGGAUAUAUUGAUAUUAUUAAUCAAUUUUUUGUUCAAACUUCCGAUAUUCCACUUUCUAAUGAAAUUAUUAGUAUUGAAUCAAUUCAAUUUCUCCAACCAUUAAUGUUAAAUCAACAUAAAUUAACCACUCUUCAAAGCUUAUUUGAACCCACCAAAAAGUCCUCAUUUUCGGUAUCUUUCUUUUCAAAAGAUGAAAAGGAUGAUCAGAUUUGGGUAAACACAUGUAAAGCCAAAGUAACACUAGAGCCAAUGGAGUUAUCUCAAAACAGAGUCGAAGAUUUGGAGUUAUUAAAAUCACAAUGUAAUAUUACACAACUUGACAAAAAAGAUCUCUAUGAUAAAAUUUCAAAGGAUUUAGGUCUUUUUUACAACGAUGCUUUUCAAAUUGUUCAGUCUAUCCAUACUGGUGUAAAUUGUUCUUUUGCUACACUUCAAAUGCCAGAAUCUAAUGUUACCCAUUCCAGCAUCUUAAAUAGUUGCUUUUUAGAUAACUGUUUCCAUGGUCUUUUAACUCUUAUCAACGAAAAGGGUUCUUAUGUUGUAGAAAGUGUUAAUUCAAUUGCUAUCUUUUUAGAGAAUAUUAGUGUUGAUAGUGUUAAUUCCCCAUUCUAUCUUGAAACUAAAAUAAUCAAGUCUUCGCCAUUUUCUACAGAAGGAACAUGUAGAUUAUUUAACAAACAAGGCAAAUUAAUAUUAUCAAUUGGAAAAUUCACCAUCAAAAGCACCAAUUUGAAACCAAAAGUUAUUAAUCAAUUAGAAACACCAUUAAAUGAAACAUUUUCAAUUGAAUGGCAAAGCAAAGAUAGUCCAAUUCCUCCAGCCAAAGAGUCACCUAUAAAAUUAGAUUCAUUAGAACUAUUUAACAAAUCAACAAUUUUAAAGGAUCAAGACUUUGAAAUAUAUUGCUCAUGUUUAAUAUUCAAUCAAUUGGUUCAAUACAAUCCUCUAUUUAAAGUAUUGGCAACCAAUUUUAUUCAAGAUCAACAAGAUGAUGCUAAUGAAGAAAACUACUGUUUAUCAAUUAUGAAAGAGCUUGGUAUCUCAAUCGAUUACCAAAGAUUUUUCUUUAGAAUUUUAAAAAUUGUUAAAUUAAAUUUUAGCAAUCUUCUAUCUAAUCAAAAAGAAAUUGAUCAAUUAAAAGAUUCAAUUAAAUCAAAGUUCUAUGGUAACAGUAAUAGUGAAGAUUUAGAGUUCCAAUGUAUAGAAAAGGUUUCAAAUAUUAUUCCAAAGCUUUUGUUUGAAAAUGAUAAACAAUCUUCAAUGACCCUUUUCGAAAACUCAUUAUUAACCAAGUUCUAUGGCCAAUCAAUUUCAACAAGAUUCUAUUUAGAAUAUGUUGCUUCUUUAGUCUUGGAAUCAAUUAAACCAAUAGUAAGAGAGAAAAGAGUUUUUAAAAUACUCGAAAUUGGUGCUGGCACUGGUUCACUUUCAAAUAUUGUUUUAGAAAAACUCAACAAGUUUUUAUCAAUUAAUAGUGAUAAAAAUAUUAUUGUUGAAUAUAAUUUUACCGAUAUUUCAUCAAGCUUUAUUAUAGGUUUACAAGAGACAAUGGUCACCAAGUAUCCAAAUAUUAGCUUUAAAUUUUCAGUACUUGAUUUAGAAAAAGAUAUUAAGGAUCAGGAUUUCUUUUAUUCAGACUAUGAUAUCGUUUUAAUGGCCUACGUCAUCCACGCUGUUAGUAAUAUUACCUUUGCUGUAAAACAAAUUUACAAUUUAUUAUCACCAAGAGGCUGGCUUUUAUGUAUUGAACCAAAAGCAAAUAUUGUCUUCAGUGAUUUAGUAUUUGGUUGCUUUGGUCAAUGGUGGAAUUAUCAAGACUCCAUAAGAACAUCUCACUGCUCAUUAGAAUCUGAACAAUGGAAACAAGUAUUGUCUGAAAAUGGUUUCCCAAUGAACUCAUUUAUUGGAUCAUUAGAAAGCAACUCACAUUCUUUCAUCAUUCAUAGCCAAAAAGAAUCAAUUACACAAAUUAAAUCAAGUUCAAAAUUAUCUAUUGAAAAAAUUUCAUUCGUUGUUAAUGAAAAUCAAAAACUUAUGGAGCCACUUUUGAACGACGCUAAUACUAUUUCAAUGAACCCAGUUGAAAUAAUCAAAUUAAAUCAAUUAGAUGUUGAAAAACUCUCCAUAAGUUCAGUUGUUUUUUUCAUGGUUGGUUUGGAAUUAAUGGAAACUUAUAAAGAAGAGCUAUAUCAAUUCAUUCAACUAUUAAAUCAAUUAAGUUUAUCAAACUUUAAUGGAAAGGUCGUCCUUGUAACCAAACAAUCAUUUUUAACAUCGAGAAACUAUUUCUCUCGUUCUUUAGUUGCAAUUGCUCGUUCUGCUAUGAAUGAAUAUUCAAACCUUGACAUAGUUUCUAUCGAUUUGGACUCAAAUGACUACAAUUUAAAUUCAUUACUUGUACCAAUACAAUCAAGAUUUUCUGAUAAUGAAUUUAUUUAUAAAAAAGGAAUAUUAUUUGUUUCAAGAUUUUUCAAAAACAAUUCAAAACUUUUACUAUCUAGCCAAUCAUUUGAAACUAAUGAUAAUAACAUGUAUCAAACAACUUUAUCUGAUUUAUCAAUAAUCAGAAAAGCUAAAGAUGAAUUGUCAAAUAAUGAAAUCGAAAUUAAAGUUAAAUCAGUUGGUAUUAAUUUUAAGGAUAAUUUAUUCUAUAAAGGUUUAUUACCACAAGAAAUAUUUAGAAAAGGCGAUAUCAAUAACCCACCAUUUGGACUAGAAUGUUCAGGUAUUAUUUCUAGAAUAGGUAAUGGUGUAACUGAAUUCAAAGUUGGUGAUCAAGUAUUUGGUUUUGCAAGACAUUCAUUAGGUAGCCAUGUUAUUACAAAUAAAGACUUAGUUAUUAAAAAACCAGAAUCAAUUACCUGGGACCAAGCUGCCAGUAUCCCAGUUGUCUAUUGUACCGCCUAUUAUUCUCUAUUUAAUAUUGCUCAUUUAAAUGAUAAUAAUGAAUCAGUAUUAAUUCAUUCUGCAACAGGUGGUGUAGGUUUAGCCUCUUUAAACCUUUUAAAAAUGAAGAAAUUUGAAAAUGUAUAUGCAACAGUAGGUUCUGAAGAAAAGAAACAAUAUUUAGAAUCAAACUAUUCAUUUAUUAAAUCAAUAUUUUCAACAAGAACAAAGGAAUACUCUGGUCAACUAGAAAACAAAGUUGAUGUUAUUUUAAAUACCCUCUCUGGUGAUUUUAUCGAAAGCAACUUUAAAUCAUUAAAAUCAUUUGGUCGUUUAAUAGAUAUUUCUGUUACACAUAUUUAUGCUAACCAACAAAUAGGUUUGGGUAAUUUUAAAUCUGACCAUCUCUAUACUGCUGUCGAUUUAGAAAGACUAAUUGAUGAAAAGCCAUUACUCUUAAAAUCAAUUCUUUCAAAAGUAACCAAUGAAAUUGAUAAUGGAAAUUUAGAAUUAAUCAAAAUCAAUCAGUUCAACUCAAGUGAAGUUAAAACUGCCGUAGAAUCAUUGUCAAAUAGAUCUCAUAUUGGAAAAAUAGUUGUUAGUAACUGUGAAAAUAUGGUAUCAAGCUCUGAAAGUAGAAUCCAAAAAAAGAAAUACGAUCUUAAACUAGAUUCAACAAUUCUUAUUACUGGUCAAAGUGGUCUCUCUAUCCCACUAAUAGAAUGGCUUUUAACCCAUUCUAUUGAUUCGGUUAGUAACGUAGUAAUAAUUUCAAAAUCCCCAAUGAAAUGGAAAUUACAAAACCUUGUAUUUAAAUUUAAAAAUGUCAAAUUUAAUUAUAUCCAAGCAGAUAUUUCAAACUACGAUGAAAUCUAUGCAUCUUUAAAAUCAUUACCAGAUUUACCCCCAAUCAAAUCAGUUUUCCAUCUCGCAGCUUGUUAUAAUGAUGUCCCAAUGAACCAGGUUACAAUGGAUACUAUUGAAUCAGUUCAUAAUCCAAAAGUAUGUGGCUCAAUUAAUUUACAUCGUCUAAGCAUUUCUUUGGGUUGGAAUUUAUCCCACUUUAUACUUUUCAGCUCGAUCACUGGUAUUACUGGUUAUCCAGACCAAUCAGUCUAUAACUCUGCAAAUAUUAUUUUAGAUGCUCUCUCUAACCAUCGUAGGGUAAUGGGUUUACCAUCUUUUGCUAUAAACUUAGGUCCAAUGAAAGGUGAAGGCAAAGUUUCAGAUGUUAAAGCAAUUAAAAAACUUUUUAAAUCAAGAGGUCUUCCAUCAUUAUCUUUAAAUAAAUUGUUUGGUUUAUUAGAAGUUGUUAUUAAUAACCCACUAAAGGCUGCUAUUCCAUCUCAGUUUAUUUGUAGUCCAAUAGAUUUUAACAACUAUCUUGACACAUUCAAAAACAUGAAUACCAAAUUAUCACAUUUAUCUAGUGAUAGUAUUUCUAAAGAUAAAGAGAAAGAAAGAGAAUUAUUAAGCGAUUCUGUUAGUAUCAAGGAUAAAGUCCUUGAAAAGGUUUCAGAACUUUUAUCAAUUCCAAUUUCAAAAAUCAAUAUGGAUACUUCCCUCAAAAUGUAUGGUCUAGAUUCCCUUUUAAGCGUUCAAUUCAAGAGUUGGGUAGAUAAUCAAUUUGAAAAAGGAUUAAUUAAUCAUCUGGAAUUAUCAUCAAUCACUGUAAACUCUUUUAUCGAAAAAGUAAAUACUAAAUUUGGAGGUUCUUCAGUUCAAAAACAACCAAUUACAAUUGUUAAAGUUAUUGAAACACCAACUGCAACUCAAACAACUGUUCCAGCAAUUGAAUUACCACAAAAACCAGUAAAUAUUAAAACUCUAAGUUGUCCUUUAUCUAUUAAAACACCAAUUCUAUUACCUUCAAAUGAAUUAUCAGUACCAUUAUUUAAAUCAACUGCUUCAUCACCAGAGUUAUCAAUGACAACUCCACCAAUUGUUAACAUAAGAAAUUUAAAUAAUAGCAUUUUGGACACCCCACCACUUGAAAGUCGUAAAAACCAUGUACGUCUUAUUACAUCUAAUAUUCAUGCACCAUCACAAUUACAAACAAUUCAUCAACCAAAACAACAACUUGCAUUCAAAACCAAUAACAAUGCAUUUAUUUUGGGCUUAGGUAACUCUGUACCAGGCGAACCAAUUUCACAAGAAAAAUUAAAAGAAUCAAUAUCAAAUGAUUUUUCUAAUGACCCAAAAACAAAUGAAAAAGUAAAAAGAAUCUUUGAACAAUCGCAUAUAAAAACAAGAUACCUUGUUAGAGACUAUACAAAAGAAGAAAAUUCAAUUAAGUAUCGUUCAAAAGAAUCAAUCACUGAUGUUAAUGAAGCAUUUAAAGAUUGUGUACCAGAUUUAGCUGAAAAAGCAUGUACCAAAGCAAUUGCUGAUUGGGGCGGUAAUAAAGAAGAUAUUACACAUAUCAUGUCUGUUUCAUCCACUGGUGUCAUCAUCCCAGAUGUUAAUUUUAAACUAAUUGACAAACUUCAACUUAAUCAAGAUAUCGAAAGAGUAUCACUAAAUAUGAUGGGUUGUUUAGCAGGUCUUUCAAGUUUAAGAACAGCAAGCUCACUCGCCAAAGCUUCACCAAGAAAUCGUGUUUUAGUAGUUUGCACUGAAAUUUGCUCACUCCAUUUUAACAAUACUGGAGGUGGUGAUCAAAUGGUUGCAAGUUCUAUUUUUGCCGAUGGUGCAGCUGCCUAUAUUGUUGGUUGUUCCCCAAAAAUCAAUGAAACACCGUUCUUUGAAGUUAUUCAAUCAAUUAAUCGUGCAACUCCAAAUACUGAAAAUGCAAUGGUAUGGGAUUUACAAAAAGAAGGCUGGAACUUAGGUUUAGCUAGCAGUAUUCCCCAUGUAAUAGGUGAAGGUAUCGAAAAAUUUGUUAAUGACCUUUUAUAUAAAGCAAAAUCUCAAGUAUCAUCUCUAUCACCAAAAGAAUGCGAAUUUUUAAUCCAUACCGGAGGUAAAUCAAUUUUGAUGAAUAUAGAAAAUGCAUUAGGAAUUGAUCCAAAGAUGAAUAAACACACCUGGGAUAUUUAUCAUGCAUAUGGAAAUAUGUCAUCGGCUUCAGUUAUAUUUGUAUUAGAUCAUGCUCGUAAAAGUAAAAACUUACCAACAUAUUCAAUUUCAUUAGCUUUUGGACCAGGCUUAGCUUUCGAAGGUUGUUUAUUAAGAAAUCUUGUAUAA